AUGAAUCCCGCAGCCAGCAUCGCUGAGCCAGAGCCAGAGACAAUCAUGUCCUACGCCUACGAUGCAAAGGACUAUUGCCUCCCAAGCUACCUCUGGGUUCCGGAAGAGGUUCGCCUGAUGCACCUGCAAAUCGCCGAGUCCGCCUACACCGUCAUCCAAGGCCUGCGCUUUCUCCACCAGCUGCGCUCUAAGCGCUUCCUGGCCAUGUGCCCUCAGAAGCAGGGUCCAAUUUUCGACAAGCACUCUCGCUCUCUCCAGCGGCUCUUCGAGUGGAAGGAACAGUGUGAUCCGGCAAACCCAACCCUCGCCCCAGCUGCCAAAAUCCCAGGUGCAACCCUGGGCUUCCACCUCAACCGGGUUGCCUACGACACCUACUUCACUCUCUACUUCAAUACCCUGGCCAAGUUCAACGCGAUUGAGUGGUCGACAUACUGCCAGCGUAUGUUCAGUAUCAAGCAUGUCGCUUCGCAACAGAUGGGCCACCCCGAGUACUUGGCCUGGCUGUACUGGUGGAGAUCGGAGUUCAAGCCGGCGAUGAGCAAGUGGCAGGUAUUUGUUAAAGAUGUGAACCUGCCAAACUGGGAAGAGAUUGUUGACGAACUUUACGACAUGAUUAUUGAGCGUGUCGAGGACUCGGAUGAGAUUACGGCUUUGCAGUUUGCUCGCGGAGUUUGCUCUUGUCAGAUCAAGGCUCCUGAGGGCCUCACCAAGCUUCCGCCCAGUCAUCGCAUUCCUGAUUUUUGA